AUGAACCAACCAUCAAUAUUUUAUAUUGGAAAAAAAUAUUCAGAAUAUAAUCAAUUUUUAAUAGAUAAAAAAUUGUAUGAAGCUGAGGAAAAAGUAGAUUUUGUUACAGGUCAUUCUAGUAAAUUUAGUGAUAAUAAAUUAAUUUAUGAACGCAUAACAUUUAAUUGUAUAUAUGGACCCACAAGAGAUAGUGUUGCAACUGGAAAGCGAGGUGAAGCUAAGACUUGUAAACGAAAUUGUAAAGCUCGUAUUAAGCUGAAUGUAAAUGACACAAAGGAUUUUUUGAUUAUCACCCAGUUGGAUGAGAAACAUGAAAAUCAUGAGGGCAUGGAGGUCAUUAGAUCAACUCUUCCAAAAAAUCGUGGAUUGAAAGAUAGAAUUGCUCAGCAAGAAGCUGCCAAAUAUUUACAAAUGAAAUGUCCUAAACAAGAAAUAUUAUUAAAAAUGCAGUUAAAAACUGGAAAAAGAAUUGAGAUGGCAGAUAUCCAUAAUUUGGAACAAAAAUUAAAAGAUCCAAAUGACGAUUAUUUUCCAAAAUGCUUGGACUUUCUUCAAGAAGAAAAACGUGCAAAUGUAUCAACUUUGGAACGUGAUGGUGAAUUCCAAGCCAUGUAUUUUGAUACUGAAACCAUGCGUGGUGACAUGAAUAGUUCACCUGAAAUGGUGUUAACAGAUGGUACAUAUAAAUUAUUUAGAAGAAAAUUUGUUCUGCAGCUUUUUAUAGUUGAAAAUAAAUAUGGUUUUACUUAA